CUGAGAGGGAUUUAACCAACCUGGCAACCUGGUCCAACAUCUGUCCGACACACACACACACACACACACACACACACACAGAGUGUACAGUGUCUCCAGAAGUUCCGUUAUAAAACUCGGGUUGUGACGUCACACUCUCUGCUCUCAUGAAGCGUUAUUAGCGGCGCGGUUUGUUCAUUUGAACAGAAUAAAGAAUAAAAACUGGAUUCUGGAGCCGGAAGUUAAAGAUCUGAGGAAUGAAGAUGUAGAUCAGAGCCGCCAUGGGUUCGGAGGCGGUGGAGGACUGUGUACAGGGGGCGCUCUCGUCCCUCUACCCCCCGUUCGAGAGUACUGCCCCCCCGCUCCUUUCUCAGGUGUUUUCGGUCUUGGAAUCCACCUACCAGCAUGACAGUGUGAGGUACCUGCUGGAUUUCUUCAUCCCGGCCAAACACCUCCUGCAUCGUCUGCAGCAGCACGCCUGUUCGCAGUAUCUGGGCUGCCUCUUCCUGCACUCCGGUUGGCCGCUGUGCCUGGGGGAGAAGGUGGUGGUCCAGCUCUCCACGCUCGACUGGAGACUUUUACGCGCCAACGACUUCUACCUGCAGGUGGUGCCGUUCUCCACCCGCUGUCCCCGACUCGCCCUGAAGUGUCUGGCUCUGGGGGGGCGCAACGUCCAGGAGGUCCUGGUCCCGGAAUCUCAGCACCCCCUGGUGUUCACCGCCGAGUGGCUGCACUGCGUGAACAAAGAGCGCGGCUGCAAACGGGAAGGUGGGGGCAGUUUGGAUACCUGUCUUGUCAGCACCUCAGACGGUGUGGUCCGUAUACCCUGGGAUGAGGUGGUUUACCCCAAAUUGCUCCACAACCCUUCUGACCUGCUAUCAGACUGUCCUUCUACCCUCCCUUCCUCUCUCAGCUACCUCUCUCCAAACACGGGGGGUCUCGGCUGGCAUUCCUCCUCUGGAGAACCCGACUCCUGGUCCUGGGACGAAGAGGACGACCUUUCUCCAGAUGGUACCGAGGCAGAAAUCGAGUCCGCUCUGGGCCGCCUGAGGAUGGCUAAGGGAUACCGAACAUCUUCUGACAGGUCUGGAGACUACGUGGAGCUCCUGGAACCACGAGGAGGUCCGGAUGGAGACACCGAUCCAAAGCAGCAGCGCUACCUGGAAAUGCACGGCGUCUACAAGACCAGGACGCUGCCUCUGUGCAGGAGGAGCAAGGCGGUCCGGGUUCGCAGGGGUAAAGCGUGGGGGUACAGCAGCAGAACCGGGAGUUUACGUAGGAAGGACAGCGCCAGCAGCAGGAAGGACUGUGGAGGUGCUUGCAGGGAUUCGGUCGACUCCAGACCCCCUCCUCGCGUCAUCGACCUGGUCCGAGACAGGCGGGCGUGUCUGUCCGAGGGAGCCGCAGAUCCAGGAGAUACAGACAGCAGGGAAGUUUAUCUAAAGGGUCCAGACAAGGUGAGAAGACCCGGUGUGGGGCAGGAAAGGACCCGGGGUGGAAGCACGCUCCCCUGGGAGGAACGACAUAAGGUGAGAAGUUCCAAAAACAGACCAAGUUCUGGAAGCACGGCGGCCGAGCAGUCGGACCAGGAUCAGGGUUUUCACUCGGACUCGGUGUUCGAGGACGAUAAAUCACUGGCCGACACGUCAGACGCUGGAGAGAAACCUCAAGCCUCCAGAAGAACCACACAAACAACCACUGACAGGAAGUCAGACUCAGGAAACUCCAAACAUCAUCAUGAACACGGAGCAGCAGAAGAUCAGCUCACGCGUUUAGUCACCGAGACCGCCGAGAAAGUGAGUCCCAGAGGGAGGGGCGUGAAAGUUGGAGGAUAUCGAGCUCCCAGGAGGAAGAGGAAAGGUAAAAGAGGGAAGGGGAAGGGGAGAUCUGGUCAACGUGGCAACCCCAAAAAUAAAGAAGACCCCGGCUCCUCGAGGGGACAGAAGAAACCUGGUCCAGCACCUAAACCAUCCACAGAGAAGUUAUCAAAGGUUAAAGAUCCAGAUCACAAAGCUAACGCUAACUCAGCAAAUGGAAUCGGAAAUAAAGAUAAGCCAGAUACGACGUCUCCCGAACGUCCUCCAGCACCGACGGAACCAUCAGCAUCUCCUGAACACCCAGACAGACCAGCUCCCAAAACAUCUCCACCCCUGCUGAGGGACCUGAACGUAGAUCUGCUCCGCUCAGGGAAGGUCCUCCUGACAGGUACGGUGGAUCGACUGGGGCGUGGUCUGGUCGUUACAGAACCUGGAGUUCCUGAGGAGCAGAGCCAGAUCAGCGACGCUGUGGAGCUCUUACGCUGUUAUUACACAAUCAGCAGAGCUUCGGUGAGGGAGAAGGGUCUGGUGGUUCUGGUGGACAGCAGGAAGGUUCCACCAUCUCCGUUCUGCUGCUCUGCACUCAGAUCCUUCAAGACGGAGGUUCCAGCAGGACUGUGGUGUGUUCUGAUUCUCACAGACGAGGAACAAACUGGAGCUCAGUGGAACCUGGAUGGAAUCGAGGUUCAUGCGGUGAGAGGAACGAAGGUUCUGCAGCAGUACGUCGACAAACAGCAGCUGGUUACUGAACUGGAUGGAGAUUUUCACCACUCACACUCGGACUGGUUAUCGUUCAGACUGAGUCUGGAGCAGUUAAGUGAGAACUGUGAGAGCGCCCUCUCUCUGCUGGAGGAAGCACUGCAGCGUAUGAAGGAUGAACCACUGCCUGAUACAAUCAAGUCGGUUCCUCUGAGUGUACAGAAGCACCAGCAGCUGAUGGCGAAUGUUCUGGCCGACCAGCGACUGACGGAGCUACAGAGGCGGGGCGGGGCGUGGCUGGCGGGACUGGCCAAUCGAGCGCCCAGGUUGGCUCAGAGCUCGCUGGACUGCAGAGCCGCUCUGGACGCCGCGUCUGAUCUGUAUGACAGCGUGGACGACGCUCUCCAUCGACUGGUCCAAGUUUCAAACCAGAAGAACCAGGACCUGGAAGCUCUGAGCGGACUGGCAUCACUGGUGCAGAAACUGGAGAAGUGUGAGGAGCAGCUGGAUGGACUUCAGGAGCAGCUGGAGGAAUUUAAGGACCCUCCUCUGUCUCUCAGUCGUCUCGCUCUCCAGCAGCACAAGUUCAGGAGCUUCAGGACCUCCACCGUGGAGCUACACAGCCGGACUCUGGACCUGCUGACCGAGAUCGAGAACUGGUCUGAACUGGACUGGGCGGGGCUGGGGGCGGUGCUUAAACAGCUUCCACCAAUCAGAGAGAAGAUCAGAGGAACAUCCCACUGUCUGUCAGACUGCGGCGGCACGCUGGAUAAUACACAACGACUACUGUCUACACUAACUGAGGCGUCUCAGUGGUGUGACGUGGUCUCCUCCUCGUCCCCUCUCACCCCCCCGUCGUCCCCCCUGUCCACCCUGCCCCCCAUCCCUCCCUCCCGGUUCCAGGACGCCCGGGCGUUGGCGCUGGAGUUGGGGGGCGGGGCUCUGCUGGAGCUGUGGGCUCAGACUCUGGAGCGCUACCAGAGAACGCUGGCACAGUUCAAGAGUUCCAUCCUGCAGGCGGAGCGUGGGACCACGCCCACUCCGGGUCCGGACCUCGCCCCGGCUCAGGGUCCCAAAACUCUCGGCUCAGCUUCCACCGGGACCUGGGACACGGAGGGAGAGGGUGAGGGACAAGCUUCUGAAGGAGGUGAAGGUGGACUUCAGUCCUGGGGGUCACUGGCAUCGGUGUUCCGCCCACAGAACUGUUCCACCCUGAAGAACGGAGAAGAUCGGAGGAAGGAGGCACCAGCGGGUUCUGCAGGAGGAGGAAAGUUCCUCCAGAACCUUCUCAACCCAAACAAGAAGAACGCGGCUGACGUUCCUCUCCCUCCUAAACCUCCUCGUAAACGCCAUCCCAGUUUCGACCUGCAGGCCCUGCUGGUCCCCCGCCGCGCCACCCCGGUCGCACCCAAACCGGCGGAGACCCCAUGCAGCACCGGCGGCCGCUCCACCCCCCUGUCCUGGAUGGGAAGGAAGGGCGUGGCGGAAUCGGUCCUGACGGCGGGUAUGGCGGCGGCCGUGACGGGGUGGAAGGAGGGGGGUGAGGGAGGAGGGGGAGGGGUGCUGAUCCGGGGCGUGGAGGUCAGCAGUAAGGAGGUGGUGGAUCAGACGGGGUUCAGCAGGAAACACGUGCUGCUGGGUCGGACCGAGAGAGAGACGGGAGUCGAGCGGGUUGCGACCACGGCACAGAGUAAGCUGUAUGUACAGUGGUGUCGCUUGCUGAAUUCGGAGAGGCAGUACGUGUCGGUACUGAAGGCGGUAGAGGAGCACUACCUCCCCCUGCUGGAGGGGGUUGCUGCCCCGCCCGCUCUCAGAGGUAAAGCUGAUCUGAUCUUCUCUAACUGGAGCGACAUCACCGACUUCCACUCGCGGUUUCUCCUGCCGGCUAUAGAGGGCGCUCUGUCUCAAACGCUUCAGCAAACACACUGCUUCAGCAAAUACGUGGCGGAGUGGUCGCUCUACUCUCACUACAUCCACAACAAACCAGAACCGGAUUCAGCCGUCGUUACCCAGGUUACUGAGUUCUACAGGACGAGACUCUCAGGUUCUCCGGCUCUCUCUGUGGUUUCGUUUCCUCAGUGUCUCUUGGCCCCCGUUCAGAGACUCCAGUAUUACUGCAGCAUCCUGGAGGACCUGGAGGGUGUAAACCCCGCCCCCGGUUCCGCCCUCUCCAUCAUCAGACACGCCCAGCGCUGCGGGGAGGAUCUGCGCCUCAGUGAUCUGAUCACAGGCUGCCCGGUCGCUGUACCGGACCGUGGGGAUUUGGUACGGCAGGGUGAGCUGUACCUGUGCUUGGGGGGUCGGAGGAAGAAAACGGGGAUCAGGAACGUUUUCCUCUACCAACAUUACGCCAUCUUCACCAAACCCAAGAGUUCUGGUACAGGGCGCAGUGUGUACUGCUAUAAACACUGCAUAAAGAUUUCGGAGAUGGGUAUGACCCAGAGCGUGGGUGAGGAUGGAUUAAGGUUCGAGGUUUGGGUAAGACAGGCACCUCGUACCAAAGACUGUUUCACCCUUCAGACCUCGACUGUAGCGGAGAGAGAGAGCUGGACCCACGACAUCGCCAAACUGCUGUGGACCCACGCCAUCCACAAUACAGAGCUGUGUUUGAAGGAAUCUCUGUGUAUGGCAGUUUCCAGUAAGCUGCUGUUGGAUGUAACCGGUUCUCAGAUCUCUGAACUGGAACCUAAUAACAGUGUUACAGAAACAUGUAAAAUUCAGCGCAGCUGUUCAGAUUCAUCCUCUACAGAGAGUCGCAAGGAAACAGCAACACCUACACAAGAACCCAACAACCAUAGCUCUUCACCAUCCACCUCCAUCUGAUCCACGUCCAAUAACGAAUGUGACUUUGAUGGGAAUCGCUGGAUGAGGAAACUGGAUUCAUGUUAAACUGGAAGAUUUUAGGAUGAAUUCUGUAUAACAUUAAUGUUAUAUUGAUGUAUUGAUGUUAUAUUAAUGUUGUAUUAAUGUUGUAUUAAUGUUAUGUAUCACAGUGCAGUAAUUGUGCAGGUACGACGGAAUGGAAGCUGAUUGGUUUGCUCCUGUAUUAACAGUAAACACUUUUAUUUGUUAGUAAAUAUAUAAAAUAUUA